ACAGCGGCGCGGUUGUUAUGGAGAAGCUUUACCCCGCCGAGAGAGCUGCAGAUAUGGAGCUGCUUCUUGGGACAUAACCGGGCCGAUUGAACGCGGAUAUGAUUUCACCGGGUCCUUGCAGUGAAACAGGUUCAGUUGUGUCCCAAAUCCAAAAUUGACUCCUCAUGAUGGCUGUGCUUCAUUUUCACACUCGCUCGCUGGAAUUUAAACGAGAUUCACUGGGCUGUAGUUUUGGAUCCAAGUCCUGAGCAGUUGAUGAGGAAUGGAGACCUGCUGUGAGAAUCCGGGUCUCGUUCUCUACUUGGCUUUCAUUUAGAAGUGAUUUUUGUUCUGAUGCAGGAAAAAUGGCUGAUCAGCAGUGCUCCUCGCUACUGGUUUUGAAUCAGCCGUGAAUCUGCUCCGAUUCAUUCCAAAAAUAGGGUCUAAUGUUACAAACCUUGGCAUUAACCACGCUGUUAACGUCGUUCAUUUGAGCUCGGUCGCUGGCACAAAUCCAACAAACUGAUGAGGAAGACCAGGAGCACGACCAGACGAUGACUUUCACUGCUUCCAUCCUUUCUUACUUUUCAUUUUUGUGGGAAAUCUUGUGUCUGUCCUGCUGUACUUGGACUGUUCUCGCUGUUAAACCAAGAAAAUAAAGGCAAAGGAGCAAAAACGGGAUUUGUACAAGAUGUAGAAGGUCAGAUCUUCACCACUUCUGUACCUCAAGAUUUAUUUUUCUUCUUCUUUUGAAGCGGAACAGGAGCUGAUGAGGCUGAAGACCAUUUUGAUAAACAUCAGGGUUCCAUUCAUCAGCACGUUUCUCUCCUUCGCUUCAUGGUGGUUUGAUUCAUUUCAGCUUGAACUUGGUGACUUGGAGGCCUUGUCCUAAAUCGCCAAAAAAGAAAAGAAGCUAAAUUAAAGAAUGUAUGUUUGUGAUUUGAGAUGUCUGCACAAUCAGGAAAACUAAAACCAAUCGUGGAGUCGUCUGAAGCAGUUUAGGUUGGUGUAGAAACGCUCACUACAUGGGGAAUGACCUAAUACACCCUACAUGGUGGACUUCAUGCCUCAUCAAACAUUUAGUUUUCACCCACAGGCACAACUUCUUGUAACAUUUAUUUAUUUUUUUUUUGUAUUUUAAUUUCCUUUGACAGUCUGCACUCAGAUUAAAGUGUUGGCACCCUGGAUUUAAUCCAAAACUAUUUCAAAAGAAGCUUGACUUGAUGGAACUUGACAAUCAGGAACUUUCUCCAUGUUGGUUCCCUACUUCAAGACAUUUCCUCCAUCGUUUCAGGGUUUUGGUUCAGCUUUUUUGGAAUCUGGAACGUUGUGUACUUUUUUUUGCUUUCAAACUCCAAGACCUAGCUUAGUUCAUUUCAUUUUGUUUUUCGUUUCCUGUCAAAGAAUUUCAUCUUUUGGUUUCUCAUUGCACACUUGUGGAAUAUUCAUCUCGUGACGUUUUUGUUUCCUUUUGAGGUAAAUAUCGUUGGUUCAGAAAUGGACAAGCACUAUCCUUAAGCUGAAACUAGAGCUGUGGUGGAAGUGAGGAGAAGGUCUGAAGCUUUCAGAAACAUCUCUACAAUCAGGAAAUAAAAAGCUGUACUGGAACAAGAAGUUGCACCAACUUCAGGCCUGGACAAUCAACACGACUUGCAUUAAAAAAAAAAAGGCAAUGCAAGGGAUGAUUAACUAUUUCAGAAAAGUCAUAAUCAGGAAACGAGCCUAAACCAAACCCGAGCCUCGUUUUUGUCGCCGGAAAUGGCGGAGCACGGCGAGCUGCUGGCCGAGAUGACUAGUGUGAGCCGCCUCUCCACGACAGAUCGACUGAAGCAUGCACAGAAGAGACGGGUGCAACAGCUCAAGGGCUGGGCGCAAAUGGAGAAGGAGAACGCACGCAUGGGGAAGAACAGUGUUGCACAGAGAAAGAGUGAUGCUGAGAAGAAGGGCAAGAAAAACGGUGGAAAGAAGGUGAGGUUCCCCAGCAACAUCACGCUGCUGGAGGCCGCCGCUAGGAACGACCUUGCCGAAGUGAGGGAGCUGCUGAAGAGUGGCGUUAGCCCAGACCUGUUUAAUGAAGAUGGACUCACAGCCUUACACCAGUGCUGCAUUGAUGACUUUGUGGAUGUGGUGCGCUGUCUGCUGGAGUCCGGUGCGAAUGUGAACGCGUGUGACAGUGAACUCUGGACCCCGCUACAUGCUGCUGCCACCUGUGGACACACCGGCCUUGUCCAGAUCCUCGUCCAGGCUGGAGCAGAUCUGCUGGCAGUAAAUGCAGACGGGAACAUGCCGUAUGACCUGUGUGAGGAUGAAGCCACACUUGAGCUCAUCGAGGUAGUGAUGGCUGAACGGGGCAUCACUCAGGAGCAGAUAGAUGAGUGUCGUGCUGCCAAGGAGAGAGUCAUGCUGACUGACGUCCAGGCACUGAUAGACCGAGGAGACAAUCUGAACGCCAAGGACCAACAGGGAGCCACUCUGCUGCAUGUAGCGGCAGCUAAUGGCUACUUGUCGGUUGGAGAGAUGCUGCUGGAGCGCAGAGCUUGUGUAGAUGAGACAGACGCAGAUGGAUGGACACCGCUACACGCCGCCUCCUGCUGGGGACAGCUGCAAAUGGUGGAGCUCUUGGUGGCUCACGGUGCGGAUCUAAACGCCAAGUCUCUCCUGGAUGAAACUCCUCUGGAUGUGUGUGUGGACGAGGAGGUGAGAGCAAAGCUCCUGGAGCUGAAACACAAACAUGAUGCCAUCAUGAAGAACCAGGACAAACACAAAGGCUCACUGCAGAGACGAGCGUCCAGUGCCAGCAGCCGGGGUAAGGUAGUGAGAAGGACGAGUGUGAAUGAGCGCAGUAGUCUGUACAGGAGAGAGCACCAUAAGGAGGCCAUGGUGUGGCAGGACAGAGGGAGACAGGACAGACAGGCGGAGGAUGAGGAUGACGACAGACAGACAGAUGCUGAACUCAAACACAUGACGGCAGCCUCGAGCAGAGUCCAGGAUUUACAUUAUCCGGAUAACGACAGAGGAUUAGAAAACGGAGACCGCGACUCCAUCGUAGGAAAUGGCGGCACCUUUGUGGCUCCUCCAUCGUUGGUUCCCGGAGAGCUGCAUAGCAGUGGACGCAGGGAGCGCAGCGCCUCCUAUCAGCUGACUCCAGCACUGCCAAACGCUGACCCCGGGGACACGGAUAGCAUGACACGGGAGAAAUCGCACCAGACGUUAGCUGAACUCAAGCGGCAGAGAGCUGCAGCAAAGCUUCAGAAACGACAGGCUCCUGCUCCCCCACUACUACCUCCCACGCAGGAAGAGGCGGGGCCUGCCGAGCAGCCAGUGUACUUCACACCUGCAAGCGGAGAUCCACCAUUACUGAAGCUGAAGGCACCAGAGGAAGAGGAGCCGGCCAAUCAGAAAGAGCCGUGCUGUGGACUUAUGUAGGGAGUGCUUGCGCGCGCACACACACACACACACACACACCACAAUUCCCUCCAGUGAGAAUAAUUAAGACAAGACAGCUAAUCAGAAUUAACUAAGCUGUGGACUCAUACAGGGAGCACACACACAUUUAAUACACAUUCUUUCAGUGAGCUUUCAGACCACACACACACAGCUUCACUGGAAAACACAGAGAGCAGAAUUCCUCAAACAUUCCAGCAAUAAAUCCCGCCGUUCUCUCUCUUUUUUUUUUUUUAAUUUUUUAAAUAGUCUUAUUUUUGUCUUUGACACUCCAGUCGAUGAUAACUUCACUUCAUGUGCUCAUUAUCAUGACUUCCUGUUGUAUUUAUAUAAACCACACGUUCCUGUCAGAGGGGAGAGAACACCGAGCUCGAGCACUUUAUUAGUGACAACUCAACAUUCCAUUAACUCAUGUAUUUGAGUCGUUAUUGUUAUUAAUUCUCCAUCUUAAUGGCUUCCUAGUGCAUUUCACAGGGCAUAGAAGCUAUUAUUAUUAUUAUUAUUAUUAUAUACCCUAUAUAAUGAACUUGUGUAAGGUGUAAAGAGCUGAAUCCAGAGUGGUUCCUUAGUGCAGUACGUAGGGUGCAGAAUCCAAUGUCGUACCCUAUCUAGUGCACUUAUAAAGAGGAUAGGGAGCUGAAUCCCCAAAUUCUUCCCUGUUGGAUAUCUAGUGCACUACAUAGGGAACAAAAUCCAUUAGUUGGUACCCUGUCUAGUGCCCUUGUAUACUGUAGGUUUAACAUUUAAGCUUAAAACAUAGAAGUUAUAUGAUGAAAGAAAUUCUCUUUUCUAAAAAGAUUUAUAUUUAUUGUCCUAUAAAAAUGAAGAUUGGGGGGGGGGAAGCUGAAAUAUAAAAUGUGUGUUGAAGACUUUACCAGAACAAAUCUCUCGCUCAGGCUUUACCGCACAACCGAGCCUCCAGAACGGCUGAAAAGAUUUCAGAUAAAUGAAAGUAUUUUUGUAGACAUUAUUUUUAAGAGGAGAAAUAUUUUAGCUGCAUUUUGUCCCUUGUGGAAAGACCAGCGGACUUCCUGGGCACCACUUCGGCUGAUUAGUUUUUGUAAGCAGGAUGUUUAACUCCGUGUCAAUUAUCACAUUUUUGUAUGAUGUUAUUUGCAGUUGGGGAUAAACAAGCACUAGAUUUGGCAUGAACUUCCUGUCACAUGUGUAAAUGCGACACCAGAACUGUAAUUUUAUCAAACACAGAUUCAUAGUCAAGUUUGUGAAUCUGUUCAUUUGUAGCAUGAAUUGUGUACGCGCACUUCUUUUGACUUUUAGCCCCACCCACUCAGCUCUCUGGAACCUUUCUGUUUAUCCCCAUCCACUCAGCUUUCUGGAGCCAACCCCUUAGCCCCACCCACUCAGCUGUCUGAAGUUAUUCUUUUAGCCCUACCCACUCAGAUUUUGGACCUACCCCUUUAGCCCCACCCACUCAGCUUUCUGUAGUACUGAAACCCUCAGGUUGUAAUUACGUACUUGGGCUGCAACAGCAGAUUGUCAGGACAUCAACUGUGCCGUUUCACUGUAUGUAGUAAAGGUGUGAAUUAGAAAUCAUAGCGAUAAUACAAAGUUUACAGCACAACUGCAGGUUUAUGGUCUGAUUUAUGGAUUUGUGAUUCAUACAAUUAAUCACUGUGUUUAUGCACAUUAGUGUUUGAUAGCUUGACAGGGAAAAUGUGAUACUCAGCACACGGUUAAAGAAGCUGGAGAACGAAGCAGACCCUCCUAAUAAACACAUUCAUCAUGAAGAAUAAUUAAAAACAUGAUCACUUGUGGAUAAUAAUCCAGAUUUCUGUCUCGGUCUGAACAGCGUUUACAGGCUUCAGAUAUCCAUCCUCAAAACCCAUCAUAUUUCUGUUUCAUAAUGAACCGCGAUUUUACAUCCAUUUAUUCAGAAUAGCUCCGUGUGUUGAGUUCAGUCUCCCAGUAUUACACCCUUGUGUUAACUUUUUAAGCAAUAAUGCACUUUUUGAUUUGGUGAAAACUUUAUACAGUAAAUUUUGUUUUAAAGAUUGAUACGAGGGGACACACUGUUAAAUGAUUUGGGUCACAUGACCAUCUUCCUGGAAGUGAAUGCCAAAUCCCUUAGAAUUUGAAGAUUUGGUGCACUUGGUAGGGUGUAGAAAUGUUAUUUUAGCCUACGUAGUGCUAUAAAAAGCUGAUUUUUGAUUCAGGCCAGCCGUAGAUAUGACAUUUAAUGUGUGUUAUUAAUGUUUCUAAAAUAUUCAAUAUUGCUAACGGUGUUUAUUGUAGCUGCAAAAACGGUCCGUUCUUAUUUUACCAUGGGUUUUUUUUUGUUUGUUUGUUUGUUUUUUCUCCUCUCCUCACAUGAAUGCUGACAAUAGAAAAGCUUCCUUUCACAUGAAAACCAUUUUGGAAAAUGAAUUUGUAUUUUUGCUAACAUACAUUAUUUGUUGCGAUAUUUUCAAUAUUGUCCAGCUCUACUUUGUUAAUUAUCUAUAAAUAACAUUUUCCUUGUCAUUAAAUUGUACAUGCUUUUAAAAUAUGAAAGCUAUAUCUCCAUAGAAGUUCUCUUGUGCAGGAAGGAUGAUGAUGAUUGGUCAUGUGCAAAGAUGAAUGAGCCACAUUGCUAGCUAUCAGGAGAAAAAAAAAGUGACUUGUGCUGUACACAAUUGUGACAUUUAGCGUUUGUGUGGGGUUUUUUUUGUUUUGUUUUUUUUUUAAUUUUGGACACAUUGAGCACGAACACUGUCAGUAUGUCAAAGCGCUGAUCUGAUCGUUUUGGCCACUAGCUAGAAUGCUACCUCGUGAAUUCAAAUCCUGACAACUCUGUGCACAGAAAAUUAAAUCCGUUAAACAGAAGUAAACAUUAUUAUUAAACUUUGGAAAUGCAAUAAAAGCAAAACAUCAGUUCCUGGUGUGUUGUUGUUGAUGAUCUCAUACCUAGCGAGACGACUAGUCACGCCUCCAUUUUUCUCAUGGAAUUAAUCAGAAUAAUUUCUGCCACAAGUGAUGAUGAAGAAAAAUAAAAUGGACCUGGAAGAUUAUAUAUGACAAAACAUUAGAGAUUUAUUUAUUUAUUUAUUUGAUGAAGCACUGGACCGCUGAGGAGGAAGUGUGAAAUGACUUUUUAAGGUCCGGUUAAUAUCUAUUUAGUUGUUUUCAUCCUGCUGCCUUUAACUGCUGUCUUUUUAUGGGUUUUUUUUUUUCUUUUCUUUUUUUGGGGGACUGUACAGACUCGCAGCAUAAAAGUCUAUAUUUUGAUAGGGAGUCGACACCGUUUUAUUGAUCACUAUAGAUUUUUUUAGAAAUAAGAUUUAUACAGAAGCUAUUUUCAUGACAUCUUUUCACGGUUGAUGUACUUUUCAUAAUCUUAUUAAAAAAAAAAAGUCUUAAGUGACAGUGUCUACUGUCUCAUAUUUACACUGCACACAAGUUCCGUUUGAUUAAAUUUAAAUAAUGGACCUAAAACUGUCAUUCUAUUUUUUUUUUUAAUCUUUGAUGCUGUAUUACAUUUUCAUAUUAUGAUAGUUCUCAAUUUUUAUUAUAAUUUGUGAAAUUUUUUUUUCAAUGACCACAUUUGUAAAAAUUAAUUGCGAGUCCUUUCGAGGGUAAGUGACAUCACAUCCAUACAUCUUUGCGUUCUGUUGCAAUACUGACGUUUUGGCACGUGCCGAUUGCAUUCUGUCAAAUGUCUUUUCUUUUUUUCUCUUUUUUUUUUUCUUUCUUUUUUUUGAUGAUUAAAAUUGUCUUUAUUUUAAAUAAGUUUUGUGUAUGUGUGGGGAAAAGUGCUUAAGUCCUUAAGAUAAAAGUAAAAGUGUACCCUUUUGUUUUGCUUGUUUAAAAAAAAAAAAAAACAGAGCCGGGUUCUCCACGCUGAUGAGUUU